AGCUGUAGCGAUCUCGUUCUACACCUCGCGCUUUUACACCUACACUUGCAUUCGUUUCAUAACCAACCAUUUGUAAUGUUGUUUGUUGACAAAAAGCAGAUAAAGUCGUAGUGGAAAUAAAAAUGGAUAAGAUUAAGAACAAAAAACAGGAAAUAAGUAAAAAAGACCACCCAAUGAGAAAUGAUCUUAAACUCGACGUUGAAAUGCAUCGACUCAAGAUACCAAAUAUUUUUCCAAUCCACAAGAUAUUUUAUUCCAUCGACAGCAGAGACAGAGAACAAAAAGUUUUACUACUCCUUGGCAAUCGGUAUCGGACCUCGAGCGUGUAUAGGACAGAGAUUGGCCCUAUUAAUUGUAAAAAUGAUGCUAAUUGCGAUUUUCUCAAAUUACACUUUGUCUUAUGGAUCAAAUAAACAUUCAGAUGACAAUAGCACUAUUCACGUAUUCACGUAUGCGGUUGACGGUCUGUAUGUACAAUUUAAAAAAAUUAGACAUUUAUUGAACUAACAUAAUAUAUGUUACUUAAUCUUAUUUAUCCGAUUUAUCUCUCAAAUAAUGUUUAAAAAAAUUAGGCGCGGGCAGAAAAAUGUAAAAAACGCACAAAAUAUUACCCCAAGAUUGUAUGUUUACAAAUGUGUAACAGAAUAUAUAUCUUUAAAUAGUAAAA